CAUCGCGCGGCGCACCGACAUGGUGCGCGUCAAGGCCGACUCGUCCGCUUCCGAUCCCGCACAGCGUCUUCGUCUCCUCUGGACGCUCUGUCGCCUCAGUCGCGAGCCGCUCGUGCAGCCCGUCGUGGCGGACCAGCUGGGGCGCAUGUACAAUCGCGAGGCUAUGCUGCUGCACCUCGCUGCAAGGGCGCAGCAGCAGCAGAAGGGCGAGCUGGACGAGGUGGCGCAUGUUAGACGUAUGGCGGACGUUACUACGCUCAAGCUCACGCCGUCUCCCGAGGCAUCCUCGUCCGACGCUCCCGAGUCGCUCAGUCGCUCCUCCACGCUCACGACUGCUCGCUCGUCGUUCCUGUGUCCUCUGACUCAGCGUGCCAUGAACGGCCGGGCGCGCUUUGUCUACAUGGGCCGCUGCGGAUGCGUCAUGUCCGAACAAGGUCUGCGCGCCACAUGCACGCCGUCCAGCUCUAGUUCCAAGCGCAAGGCGCCCGGGCAGGAGGAGGCGGCGGGAAGUGGCAGCGGCAGUGAUCAGGAGGGCAGCGAGAAGGGAAAGGACAUGCAGCCUUGCCCGCUCUGCGCUACGCCGUUCGAUGCGGCCGUACUCGCAAAGGGAGAAGUCUCUCCGACGGGAGAAGUCGUCGUCCUCAACCCUACGGCAGAGGAGGAAGCUCCGAUGCGCGCUGCCAUGGAGGCUCGUCGUGCAAUCGAGGCAAAGGAGAAGGCCGAGCGCAAGAGCAAGAGCAAGAAGCUCGAUGCUGGCGUCGAGGGCGGAGAAGAUGAGGCAGAGAAGCAGCGACGCAAGGAGGAGAAGAAGGCUCGCAAGGCUGAAGCGGCUGCCAUGCUCGCUGCUGCGCUGGAGGAAGGACCAGGCAGCAAGAGGCAGAAGUUGGAGGGUCCCAGCGUGGAGACGAUGAAUGCCGGAGCGGGAGCGGGGAGCGCGGCGGCGGCCAUAAUGGCCAAAGCUAAGAAGGAAGGCGACAAGAAGGAGAUGAGCCCGGCACUGAGGAGCAUGUAUGGCUUGGAUCUGGACAAGCGCAAAAAGGUCGGCUCGGACUGGAUGGUGCGCGGCACCUUUGGCCGCUUCGCCUGAUCGUUCGUCUCAUCCUCGUCUCGCCUCGCCGUCGCGGUCGCCUCUCCCUCAGGACUGCGGCUUUCACCUUCCUCUACGCGCUUCUCCUCACCUGUACAACAUCGACAUCCUCAUGCUCAUAUCAUCAUGCUCGCGACCA